UUACCUCCCUUUAAACGUCGCGCUUGUUGUCUGUUUGCAUGGUAUCUAGGCUGCCUGUUCCAGCUGAUUGCAUUUGCAAUUCCUCACGAAAUGUUUAUGUAAUACUAGUAUUCAAGGCGAGAUUCUGUCGCAGAUCUAUGAGACAUGACCGCAAUAUCAGAUGGAAAAAUCAGCAAGCAGCUCUUAAAGACACGCAGUGGAGAAUUUGACGUUGAAAGCAUACAUUCACUCUUUCUUCGUGAUGCAGGUGUGUGUGACCUCGGCUGCCUGGGUGAGUGUGUUAAUGUGGAGAGACUGGACCUGUCCCACAACCACCUGACAGUACUCCACAAGUUAGCGGGACUUACCCAGCUCAACACCCUCAACCUGUCUGCCAACAGAAUCACUACGCUGGAAGGCCUGCAGUCUUUGGAGAAGCUUCACACUCUCAGUUUGUCAGGGAAUCACAUAGCCAGGUUUGAGUCCUUGGUGUGUCUGACUGGGCUUGAGUAUCUGCAAGAUUUACGUCUUCAAGACAGAAUCAACAAGCUUUCAAACCCAGUGUGUCAGCAUGUGAACUAUCUGGAGGAGGUGCAGAGGAUGUUCCCUAGACUCAAGACACUGGAUGGUGAACGUGUCCAAGGGAAAGGCAGUGAGUUGUACCAACUCUGUCGGCAAAUAGACACUCAACUUCAACAAGAGCCAAUAGCCAGUGCCUCACUCCAAGCACAACGUCCUGCUCCUUGGUUACAGUCUCAGUACUGGGAGAUGGCAGAUGACUUUCAAAACUCUAUGCUAUGUGAUGCUGAGGUGCAACUCACAGACCUCCUGGCUAGCUGCAAAAGACUGUCAGAACAGUCUGAAGGCAAACUUUAUAAUAGUAUGCUUGGGUCUUCAUAGCAUCAACAUAUUUUAGGGAAGAGAAUGCCACACACUUAUGUCAAAAACUGGAGAGAUUUGAAUAGAAGCAAAGACAGUUUUUCAAAAAGACGACAAAUUGACGUACAUGGACUUUGUCAGGUGCUGUAUAUAUACCUGCCUACACCAUCUCACUCCAGUUCCAAUAGAAUUAACACUUCAAGUUAAGAACCCUAUUUUAGGCAACACUGAAAAACAUAAACUUGCUACACUGAAGCAUCUGAGACAUGGAUACCCUUGGAAGGUACGCUUCAGGAAUGUGUGGGAGGAUCACAAUCGGGAACAUGGCAAAGAGAGGUCAGUGGUACAGUAGAUGUUCUGUAAAUCAGUUGGUAUAGACAAAUCUCACUGACAGUAUUUGAAUAUUGCUACAUGUCCAAGCAUAUGUAUAAUGGGAACAGACUUAUAGCAAUCAUGUCACAAUUCUGCUAUUCUGGAGUCAGAAAUAAGAAUUACAUUGGUCUAUCAGGUCUUUCAAUGGCAUUUAGAGUGAUAAGGAAGAGAGAUAUAUAUCUAUGUCAAUGUCUUUAUUAUGAAGAAUACAACAUGUCAGAGUAUAAUCUUACUCCAUCAGUGAAUGGGAAUAGAGUGCAAUGAAUGUCAAUUUCCUCAUUAUGAAGAAUAUGUUUCAGAGUAAAUCCUUCAUCAGGUGAAUUGCUAGUCUGUCUCAGUCCCUGAAACACAUUAUUUUCCCUACUGCCAAGCCCUCUCUGCAGUGCUAAAGUCCAAAAUGAAGCAAGUCUAGAUUUCCUCAGAAUCUCUGGUCUCACUGGGGCUCCUUUUCAAUUUAUAUGGGUUUGUUUGUUGCUAUCAAAAUAUACAUAUUCAGAGACUAAGCGUUAGUCUAGUGAAUUGGGGUCAUCUAAAAAACAGCACUGCAUCUUACUUAUUGUGAUUCUCUCUCACACACACUCGCACACAGUUGAUUGAAAACUUCAAACCAAUUUGUCUUCCUUUCUUGUUAAGAAAACAAAAUAAUGCACAUUCGAGAGGUCAAUAACAACAUGUUUUGAAACCUGGGUGUUGAUCUUGUAAAACCUUCUCUGUAAGGACGAUUGAUAUUUGCAAUUGUCUUUGCAUAUUUUAGCACAUAAAAGUUGGCUGAAAUGGCAUGAGUUUAAAUAAGGCUUUGAUGUAGGAAGAUGUCCACUAUGGGGACAACCAUUGGUGUCAUUCUUUGUCCAAUCCAUUUAGAUCACAGGAGAUGUAUUUGAGUCAGUGAAAAGUACUGGACACCUCUUGGGUAAGAGGUACUCCAUAUAGUAUUAACAGUAUCAAGCAAGAGACAGCAAAUGUAUUUUUCUCUAUAUAUAUCCUUUUGACUCCUACAACAGUCAGCAAAGGUGUAAUGGUACAGAACAUCUUUCAGAUGACAUGUCAUCUCUUAUCUUGUUGGUACAAAUAAAAUUUCUAUGUAUGUUUA